AUGGCGAUCAUACUACCGUCGCCGCCGCGUUCCUCGCUCUUCCUCCUCCUGCUCGCGGCGCUGGUGCUGCUCUCGUCGGCGCACCUCCCCCUCCGCGCGCGCGCAGAGGAGUCGUGCUCCGCCUCCGCGCCGUGCCCCAACAACCUCUGCUGCAGCAAGUGGGGCUGCUCCGCUCCCCCCUUAACUGGCUCCCCUCCCCCAUCUACUGGGCUGCAGCGCAUGGCGUAUUUCAGGAACGAUGCGGGCAUGGACCCAUCCCUCAUCCCUGCUGCCAACCUCACGCAUGUCUUCUACUCCUGUGCUUUCGUCAGCCCCACCACACACGAGGUCGUCCCCUACAUCCCAGCAGUGGACGUCAACGAGGGCCUCUAUCUGCGCUUCAACUCUGCUCUAAAGACCGCCAACCCCGCCAUUAAAACUCUCCUCUCCAUCGGCGGCUAUUCCGGAUUCUCCACCGAUUUCGAAAACACCUCCUCCCCGUCCUCCUGCUCUGUCUUCAUCGAAUCCGCGAUUGCCCUCGCCCGCACGUACAACUUUGACGGUCUGGAUAUCGUCUGGGAGUACUUAACAGGCAACACCACCUUCUUUUCCGCCCUGCUCACGGAUUUCCGGGCGGCGAUCGAAUCCGAAGCUGCCGCUUCCGGGAAAUCGAAGCUUCUGCUUUCUGCGGCGCUUUCUGCAUACGAGCCAAAUAUCACUCAGCCCUACGAUGUCCCGACGCUUAACAAAACACUGGACUUUGUUAAGGAUGCCUACAGUGCUCUGCUCAAUGCUGCAGCCGCUGCAUGA